ACCAACAGCAUUUCACAUGGUGGGAAACAGUAUUUCCGAAGAACGAAGUCUACUCGUAGCUGUUGCAUGCACACGAAUACCACAGAUUGCAGAUUAUUUUGGGCCGAAAUGUCCCAACCAAAAACUGUUCGCUGCAACUGCCAAGCUGAUCGACAAAGCUAAACACGAGAACGCGAAACGAACCCUCAACGACAUUUUUAACAGCGACUCCAACUGGAAACGACUCAAAAACGGGCGACUGUCCUUCAAACAUCUCUCGUCCUACAACCCUAGUGGAAAUCCACCCAAAAACAGGGGGAAAUAUCUACCAAAAAGUUCAUCUUUGGUGUUUCUGAAAAAUAACAAAGAUGACCAGAAGUGUCCCAUACUUUGGUUCAAACUCUCCUUCUUCAUUCGAGAGUUGAGUGACCUCAAAAAGAACACUGCCUCUUCAAGGUUCUACACCGAAAGUCGAGACGCCCUAGUCGAAAUGUGUGAAGUGUUCUGCACGCACCUUAUGCAACAAGUGCACUUUGUUCUUGAGUCCUUCUGGGAACUUUGUGAAAUGGGAUCAUCGGCGCCCUAUGUGCCGCCCAGAAAUAGCCAACAAGGUGUGAUUUGUUCUAAAAAUGGGCUGAAAACUCUCAAUCAACGGGCGGAACCGAAAGAACGCUUGCUGCUGGAGUGUUUCCUCAAAACUCAAAUUGCGGUGGAGUCGUUGGGAUUUGAAAUGCCGCCAGCCUACUCAGACUUUGUUUUUUCAUUGGGAAUCAGAUCAUACAGUCUGUCCUACUUCAGCGCCAUGUUAAACGGAGGAGUGUUCAAGCUGUCUCCACAUUCUUGCAGAAGAGUCUUUGAAGAGUUGGAUGAAAAUCAAGGCGUGAACGAUCAAUCUCCGUCUUCAAACGACGACUCAUCAUCAAAGCAAAAGGAAGUGUUUUCAUUUAAACACGACAUUCUUCUUAGAUACGACUCUUUGUGCCCUCUAGCAGAUAUUCAAACUGUUGUGAACUGGGAACCGGGCAAGCGAAUUUGCCAGGAGAUGGCACUGAUGAAAAAACUAUCUGAAGUCACCGGCUAUUUCGACCGCGGACCCCUACCUGCUCCCCCGAACCCCUUCCCGUCAUUCGGCUCAUCCACAUCUCUCGGCAGCUCCGAGAGCAGCGAGAGCUUCGACAAAGCCGAGAGCCCCGAAGGUGGUCCCUCUGUACCUGUAGAUUUAGUCAGUGAAGCCAGGACGAAUUUCAGAGCGUACAUUUCGUCUAAGCUGGGCAAAAACAAUGCAUCCCAAUAUUUCGUCACGCCGCCUCCGGGUGAAAAUACUACAUCUCAAAUUGACGACAGUUUGUGGUUCUAUGAUUAAAGUGCUUGCGAAGCUAUUUUUUAAUUCAUUACCUCUCGAAAUAUUUAUUUAGAUAAGUUAUAAACUGUUCAAUAUCCAUGAAAGUUGAUGAAAGUUUUGAAUGGCCACCAGUUUUUUGUUUUAGA